CUUUCUUUAUUGUCGCUAUAGGCCAUCGGGAAGCAGGGCCAGGCGAAAAAAACAUGUGCCUAUAGCGCUGGGACAACUCCUGGCACCUGGCGCAAGCGAUAGAACAGCUUUGCGGCGCGCGCCGCGCCGAAACGCCGCUUUAGAAGGUCGUCGCUGCUUCAGAAAGCGCAACUUCGCCGCGAGGGCCAGCAAGCUUCGUCCGCCGCAACCAUGAGCUUCGUCCGCUCCGACGCGCGGCGCAAGGAGCUCAACGCGAAGUUCGGCGCCAACGCCUGGGCGCCGCCGUCCCCCGCGACCGCGCGGCGGACGCUUAGGACCGCGCAGCCGUUUUUGACGGGCUGCCGCGUCUGCGGCGCCGAGGACGCCGAAUACUUUUUCCGAGACCGCCGCUUCUGCCGCGCGCACUGCCCGUGGAAGGCGCUCAUCGCGUCGUCGUCGGAGCCGCCACCGCCGGCGGCGCCGGUGAUCAUGCACGCGCCGAAGCGCCGUCGGAUCGUGCCGACCGCGGACGAGCUGCUGCCGCCGUCGCCGACGUCCGUCGUCUCCGCCGCCAUCACGCCGGCCAUCACGCCGUCGGGCAGCGACGCGAAGAUGUCGGACCUCGACGAGGAGGUCAGCGCCGUCUCGAUCUCGCCGCCGCCGUCGCCGACCCUGGCGCGGGGCAAGCGGCUCGCGACAGCUGCGCCCGGCUUCCCGCCGGGCUUCGACGCCCGCGCCGUGCGGCUCGUCGGUUGACGCUCUCCGGGCCCGCGCGCAAGCGCGGGAGCGUCCGCCACCUUGGCGGCCGCGCGUCGCAGGCCCCGCCUGCGCGCCCCGGCACCCAAUGCCAAUUCAGGAUUAUUAAAAAUAUGUUAUUC